AUGGACUCGGACGAAGGGGAGGUUCUUACGGGGGCCGAACUGUUUUACUAUCUCACGAAAAAGAAUCAGGAACAGUUAGAGCGAUGCAGGCGAAAAAUGGGUGAGUACAAACAACUUCAGGAUGUUCUGCAGUGCAUCACGGACCGGUGCCGAGUGCCUGUACUCGCCCCUGUAGCAUCUGGUGCGGCGUACUUUGAAGCCAUCAUCGACUAUACGAAUAACAUUCUUGUUUUACUGGGAGAUAAUUGGUUCACCGAGCGCAGCGCGAAGCAGGCGCGAGAAAUUGCCGAGAGGCGUUUGGAUUUUUUACGUGGGGAGGAAGCCGCGUUGAUAGCGGAGGAGGGCGCGCUGGCGCAGCGCCAGCAAUUAUUCCUGACAGAGAUACCCAGUGCAGAAAAGGCAAUGGCAGAGGUUGAAGCCACCAAACAAGCAGCCAUGGAAAACUACAGCAAGAAGCGCGUGCCGGUGGCAAGUGAAUCGUGCCAGGGGGCUGCCGCUAAUGCACCCAUGAAAUCUUUCCCAUUGGCACAAGUGGAUGAGCGCCCGAACUUCUCUGGAUUGGAUCCUGUGGAAGGCGGCACAAGGGCAGCACCGAUGGAGGUGGGACUGAAGGAAGAAGAUAUGGCAAUUUUUGAUGAACUUGAUGAACUUACAGAGGAAGAACUCUUGGAAAUCGAGCGGGAGCUGGGGGAUCGGAUUGAUGAUGAUGAAUUGGCGGAGCGCCUCAUGACGGAGAGACUAAUCGCAAAGAAGGAGAGGCGAGUUCGCGAGGAGAUGGAGCGCAAACGGGUAACGACAAUAACCCCAUCUGCGGCCACCGAGUCAGUUAAGGGGGAGGGGUUUGAGGUGUGCGGGCAACAGCUAAUUCCCCAUGACCCGUCGUUGGCAGUACCACCCGCGUUCAAAUAUACAUCUCCCGGAGAUAUUGGGUUUGCGGCUACACUGAUAGUUGACGAAAAGAAGUCUGGAGGUUCUAUGCCCUCUGUGGAGGCGAAUAUGAAAACUCCCAAGAGGCGCGUUAGGUUCAGCGAUGCUGUGGAUAUAGUACCGCCGGAUGAACAUGCUCCCGUCCUCAAACGGGAUGUCCCCUCGCAUGUUUUUGGGGACGUUGUGGAGCGCAAUGCAAGAGACCCUUUAAGUCCUGGUCCUGUCACAGGGAUCAUAUCGACAACUAAGAAGUCCAUCUUUCGCGCUGAGAUGGAGAAUGGUGCGAUGGGUGGUGUAGGCAGUUUAUGA